AUAAAGUGGUCGCGGUUCACCCGUGCGGAUUUAGUUGUUGUUCUAUCUCUGUAUGAAUGUACUAGGUGUUCUCCAACUCGUCAUUCAGCAGUUCUCCACGAUGAAAAUAUUCGUGACCUUCUUUAUUCUCUGCUUCGUUUGCAAACCGAGCAAUGGAACUUCCCUCGUGAAAGCCUGUCUCGUUGAAAAUGGAUUCGGAGCUAGUGGCAAGGACUUGGAAAUCGUCAAAGCCGUGGCAAAUCCCGAAUACGUCGGUAUAUUGAGGCAAGUGCCAAAGGACAAGCUGUCUGGAGUUUUCGCCUGCAUCUUUCAGGAUAGGAAUCCCACGACUAAUCUCUAUGCUUCCCUCAAACGCCUCAUAGAAAUGGAUGAUAAAGUGUCGAAGGCUGAAGCGCAAAAAAUGCAAGACAGCCUGACUGAUUGUCAUAAAGAAGUAGCUGGGGAUGAUGCUAAGUUACUGAAUUGUGUGAACGCUUUUGACUCUCCAUUCGAUGAAAUUAUGGCUACUAUUCGCGAUGUGCCGGAUUCCCUGGGCUUUUGCUAUGAAAAAUGCAAGCUGACGAUCAGUGAAAUGUAUAAGAUCGAGCAGAACCGAUUGAAUUUGAAGGAGAUUAUGACGUUCGUACCUGAAGAAAAGAUGGCUUGUACUACGGGCUGCAAAGUUGACAAGUCCGGCAGAAGCCUUACGAGCAGACUUACUGACUUGAUUCACAAGAGUAAAAAACACGACGAAAAGAAGAAGAAGGAAAUGAUAGAGACUCUGAAUAGGUGUAGCGCGCAAGUUUCCGGAGUCAAGGUUGAAACCUACAAUUUGAUCAAAUGUCUGAAUCUGUACAAGCCUCCCUUCAUCGACCUUUAUUAGAUGCAGUGACUAUAAUACAACGAAAUAUAAUUAAUUUAAAUCAUAUGACAAGAUUUUACUUGGAUAAAACGUUUAUUAAAAUAAAUCAA